AUGCCGCUGGCUGAACCUGUCCAGUGGCAAAAUUAUGCUGUGGCAAUACCAUCUCAGCUCUACUACCCCUUGUCAGAGACGGUCCCUUCUCCUGUUGGAAACCUCGAUGAAGUGGCUUUUAUUGUUAUCACAGUCCUGGAAGCCAAAUCAGAGUUUCAGAAGAAACAGAAAGUCCUAAUCAAGCACGCAGACAAGAAGACUUUUAUCCAGACAGACAAACCCGUGUACAAACCUGGACAGAUUGUCAAGCUGCGAAUUGUAACCCUGGAUCAGAACUUUAUUGCCAGCAAUGAAACAGACCCUAGAGGGAACCGAAUUGCACAGUGGCUGAAUGUCACACCUGUGGGAGGCAUUGUGGACCUGUCCUUCCCUCUGGCUGCAGAAGCACGGGUGGGAGAGUACAGCAUCAAAACGCCCGACCGCACGCAUACCUUCAGGGUAGAGGAGUAUGUGCUGCCCAAGUUCAGUGUCUCCAUCCAGAUGCCUCAGGUGGUCACCAUCUUGGAGGAGAACUUCCGUCUCCACAUCUGUGGCAUGUACACAUAUGGGAAACCAGUCCAAGGUAGUGUGAAGGCUGUGGUGUGCCGUAAACAUAUCCGCCAUAAUCGGAAGUCUUCCAAAGCCAAGCGCAGUAUUUGUAAGGAUUACACUGGUGAGACAAAUGAGGAUGGCUGCUUUGCCACUGAUGUGAAUAUUAAGAUCUACCAUCAGAAGCGUGGUGACAAUUAUGAUUUCAACCUGGAAGCUGUGGCUUUUCUGAAAGAAGGUGGAACAGGGGUGGAGUUCAACACCACUGAAAACUGCAAGGUCACUUUUGAUAUCACAACCCUCCAAUUCUGGGGAACAAGCUACUACUACCAGCAAGGAGCUCCUUACUAUGGAAAUCUGGAACUCAAAAGUGCCAAUGGGACACACCUGAAGAACAAGGAGGUGACUUUAACAGUGUCCUAUGAUAGCACAAAGCAGACCAAGACCUACUUCACAGAUGACGCUGGGAUGGUCUCUUUCACCUUAGACACGUCAGCGUGGGACAACAGCAGUAAAGUUCUACUACAGGCAAAGACCCAGCCAGAGGACUUAAGCAGUCGAAAUGUGAGGGUGUCUUAUGGCACUGCAUCCCUCAUACUGAGGGCCUUCUACUCGUCCAGCCGCAGCUCUGUGAGGAUCCAGCCAGUGCAGGAUAUGCUGCCCUGCGGGGACGUGCAGCACGUUGCUGUGCACUAUCUCAUCCGAGGCACAGAGCUGGGGCACGGGACUGCCAGAGCAGACUUCUACCACCUGACUUCCUUGCCUCUUCCUACACUUUUUCUGUUUCUCCUUCUUCCUUCAGAUCAGUAUAGCGGAGCUUUCAAUGUCACUCUGCCCAUCGACCUCAUUUCACCCAUGGCUACCCUCUUUGUUUACACUGCCUUCCCUGAGGGACAAGUGGCAGCUGACACCUUCAGUCUGAAAGUCUCAAAGUGCUUCAGAAACCACGUGAAGCUUGGCUUCUCAGACACGAUGGCUCUCCCAGGAUCGGCUGUCCAUCUCCAUUUGCAGGCUGCACCAGGCUCCCUAUGUAGCAUCCGUGCUGUAGACCAGAGCGUCCUUCUCCUGAGGCCAGAGGCUGAGCUAUCCAGGGACAGUGUGUACAAUAUGUUCAGCUAUGCUCAGGAGCACCCCAGCACCCUCACAGACUCUUACAGUGACUACUGUACUAUCCACAACAGCCCAGGAAUCAUCGGUUCCCCUCAGACCACCCUUCAACCAGGAACAACGUCACCAUUCAUGUACAACAGAUACUCUUAUGCAGUGUCCCAGCCAGAUGUUUAUGAACUUUUGAAGAACUCAGGUCUAACAUUUUUAACCAGCCUUAAAAUCAAGUCUCCAAUUGAGUGCCGCACCCAGACCACUUCCUACUACGACUACAUGUCUUAUGGCGAGCUGGCAGACUUGGACAACUUGGACCCAGAAACAGAUGCUGCCUUUGAACGUGCUGAGUCAGAGCAAGUGGAGCUGGGUAGCGAGGCAGGGCCAGUACGUACCUGGUUUCCAGAGACAUUCAUCUGGACUGUGGUUCCCAUCAAUGAUUCAGGGGCUGCUGAGCUAGCUGUCACAGUACCCGACAGCAUCACAGACUGGAGAGCCAUGACCUUCUGCACCUCAGAGAGCCAUGGGCUGGGCAUCUCAGAGACCACCAGCCUGCGGAGCUUCAAGCCCUUCUUCGUGGAACCCACCUUGCCCUACUCCGUCUUCCGGGGAGAGUCAUUUCCCCUGAAAGUCAAAGUCUUCAGCUAUCUGAAGCAGUGCAUGGCGCUCCAGCUUAGCCUAAUGGACUCCAGGGAUUUUGAAUUUGUGCAUGCAAAUGUCAGGUUCGCUGUUUGUCUGUGUCCUGACUCAGCAAAAACAUUUUUCUGGGAUGUGAAGGCUACAAAAUUAGGGAAGGUGAAUUUCACUGUCGCUGCUGAGGUGAUGGAGCAGGAAGAUGUUUGCACUGAGAGUACAGCUGUUGUGCCAGAGUCUGGAGGGAAGGACACAGUGGUUAAACACCUGCUGGUGAAGGCAGAGGGGCUGCUGGAGGAAAAGACUCACACCUCACUUCUGUGCCCUAAAGGUAAGGUAGCUUCAGAGACGAUCACUUUCACUGUGCCAGAGAACACGGUCCUUGGGUCAGAGAGAGCCCACAUCUCUUUCUUAGGUGACAUUCUGGGGACAGCGCUGGACAACAUAGAUGAGCUCCUCCAGAUGUCCAGUGGCUGCGGUGAGCAGAACAUGGUUCAUUUUGCCCCCAACGUCUUUAUCACACGAUACCUUGAAGAAACAGGACAACUGACUCCAGAUAUCAAACAGAAGGCAAUUGGCUAUCUAGAAAGCGGAUAUCAGCGACAGCUCCUGUACAAGCACGCAGACGGCUCAUACAGUGCCUUUGGGGAAGGAAGUGAGCCAGGGAACACAUGGCUUACUGCCCUUGUCCUGAAGACCUUCAGCCAAGCCCGGGACUUCAUCCACAUAGAUGAGCAGAAUAUAAAGGAUGCUGCCAGUGCCCUGAUUAAAAGUCAGACUCCAUCAGGCUGCUUCAAGAGUGUGGGGAAGCUCUUCAACAAUGGUCUGAUGGACCCAGUCGUGUGGAAAGCUCUGAACUGCAUAAAGGACCUGGUCAAUGCUGAUAUUGGCAGUUCCAACCUCUACAGCCUGGCACUAGCUGCAAACGCUUUUGCAGUAGCAGGGGAUAAGGCCUUCAGGCAGAAAAUCCUCAAAAGGUUGGAUAAGGCCGCCAUAAUAUCAGAUGACCAAAUAUACUGGAGUCAACAGUCCAAACAGGAAGAAGACUCCCUAUAUUGGUAUCGGGCUCCAUCUGUUGAUGUGGAAUUGACAUCUAGUAUCCUCAUGGCUCACCUUUCAAAGUCAAGUUUGUCUUCAGAUGAAAUCAGAAAGGCAUCCCAGAUUGUGUCUUGGCUCACCAAGCAGCAAAACCCUUAUGGAGGCUUUGCUUCAACCCAGGACACAGUGGUUGCUCUGGAAGCCCUAGCCCUGUAUGCAACCAAGACCUUCAGCAAGGAUGGCCCUGAUCUUCAUGCUUCUCUCUCCUCUGAGAGUUUCAACCAAAACAUCCGAGUAGACAAUACCAACCGCCUCCUGCUGCAGACAGUGGAGCUACCAGCCAUUCCCCAAGAUUACACUGUGCGUGUGCAGGGCCGUGGGUGCCUCUUCCUGCAGGCCAUUCUGCGGUACCACAUCCCUCCACCGAGGAGCGACAUCACCUUUGCCAUAUCUGUGCAGACAGAAUGCACCGCACCCAACGCCACCCAGUUCCCUGUCACCAUUCAUGCUCGCUACACAGGGAACCGUGUGUCCACCAACAUGGUCCUGAUCCAAGUGGAGCUGCUGUCUGGAUACAGCCCUGUGGCAGGUUCACUGGAAGAGCUAAAGAAAAGGCCUUUGGUGAAGAAAGUUGAAAGCGAAGCUGACAGAAUCGUUGUCUACCUGGAGGAACUGACUAGACAGCCUCACACCUACACUUUGCUGGUGCAGCAGGACAUGCAAGUGAAGGAUCGCAAGCCAGCUAAUGUCAAGGUCUAUGAUUACUACAUGCCAGAAGAAACUACAGUGAUCAGCUACGGUGCCCCGUGUGAGUGA